AUGACAUCACUCAAGAAGAAGAGUAGGAGGAAGCCUUCUUCCCAGGCCCUGGGGAAUAUUGUUGGCUGCAGAAUUUCUCACGGGUGGAAGGAAGGUAAUGAGCCUGUCACCCAUUGGAAGGCCAUCAUUCUAGGUCAACUGCCAACAAACCCUUCUCUUUAUUUGGUGAAGUAUGACGGAAUUGACAGUGUCUACGGACAGGAGCUCCACAGCGAUGAGAGGAUUUUAAAUCUUAAGGUCUUGCCUCACAAAGUAGUUUUUCUUCAGGUGAGGGAUGUCCACCUCGCCAGCGCCCUGGUUUGCAGAGAGGUACAACACAAAUUUGAGGGGAAAGAUGGCUCUGAGGACAACUGGAGUGGGAUGGUGCUAGCCCAGGUGCCAUUCCUACAGGACUAUUUUUACAUUUCCUACAAGAAGGAUCCGGUCCUCUACGUCUAUCAGCUCCUGGAUGACUACAAGGAAGGUAACCUCCACAUCAUUCCAGAGACCCCUCUGGCUGAGGCGAGAUCAGGUGAUGACAAUGACUUCUUAAUAGGUUCCUGGGUGCAGUACACCAGAGAUGAUGGAUCCAAAAAGUUCGGAAAGGUUGUUUACAAAGUUCUAGCCAAUUCUACUGUGUACUUUAUCAAAUUUCUUGGUGACCUACAUAUCUAUGUCUAUACUCUGGUGUCAAAUAUCACUUAA